AUGGCAACCUCAUACUUGAGAAAAGAUGCGAGAAACGAAAGAGCCCUAGUUUCAUUUAGAAUAGUCCUCCCUGCAACGACAACACCACAAUCUGUGCAUUUGCUAGGAUCAUGGGAUAACUUCCACACACCUAUCGCCAUGGAACAGGAUAUUCGCGUUGGUAGAGGAGUUUGGAAAUACAUGAUUACCGACAAGGGUGGACUUGAGAUGGGUUCUGAAUUUACAUACUAUUUUCUGCUGGAUCAAAAGCGUUACAUUUCAGACCCCGGCUCACCACCGGAAUAUACAACCGUUGAUAAAAAAACAGGCCGGAUUGUGUCUAUCCUUCACGUACCGACUGAACUUCCACCAUCGACCGCGAAACCAUCCCCACCUCCGCCCUCACAUGUUUAUAUACCUGCAACUACGAGUGUGUCUCCGGCAUCCCCACUAGAUGAGAGAGAGAAAACAAUAUCGCCAGUUGGUAUUAUCGGGGCCUCAAUUUUUGCAGGCAGUGGAAGUAGAGGGAAGGAUUUCGAGGAGCCUAGGAGAGUGCCAGAACACCCAACACAUUCUCGUAACGGCUCGGGGAGCUUGAGGGAUAGGAUUAAGGAAAGAAGUGUUCGCCGUGUCUCUUCAAUGUUCUUUGGCGGUGAAACCGAUGGGCCCGCAAUUGAGGAAAAUCCUUCAAAGAGAAGAUGGUCUCUAGUGAAAAAAACGUCAGGUUUUUUUCGUAGGAAUAGGGUCGUGUCGGAUGCUGGAUAUAAAAUAACUCAAACAACUGACAAGACGGGAGAAGAUGUCACACUCAACAAAAUGGCACCUGCCCCUUUAGAAUCUAACCACAGUGUUACAGAUAUUGUGGGAUAUUUAAGAGAAGAUACAUCAAUUGAAGCAGCUCGGGAUACACUAUCACACCUCACACAACCCCCACGGGCUUACUACCAUUCUCCUGUAGCAACGAACACAUACGUUUCUACUAUGCCUGAUAUACGUCCACAAAUACCAAGAAGCAUUUCAGACUCUAGCAAGAAAACAAACGAAUCAACAAUUACGUCGCCCUCAAUAAUAGAAUCCAUGUCGUCUAACUGCUCAUGCAACGAAGGAUCAGUUUAUUCCUGCGCAUGCUCUCCCAUGGUUCAGUCUGCGUUUUCACCUGAGAGCUGCUCUAGUGAUGACGGCGAAGAAGAAGAAGAAGAAGAUGCAUACGAAGUCGAGACACCUGUGGAUGGCCUUGGUAUCACCACUCCUUAUCCUUAUCAGCAGAACGAACGUGUAUACCCACAAUAUUACAACUUCGAUGAAAUUUCCGGUCAUGUGCCGGGUGGAAACAGAGAUAUCGGGACAUAUGCCGGCGAUGUUAUCCUUAAUGAAGCCUCAUAUUCGGGGAUGUCUGCCCCGAAGCCACUUGCUUGCCUACGAGAGGAGGUUGCUGGUGAAUUAGCAUGGAGAGACGAAUUGGUUGAUGAGUUGGGCUACUUGGGCGGUGUCGUGAUUUAG